GUGCAUCUCAUCCCCCGAGACAGCGAGCACGACGACGACGACGGCCGCCGCAAUCAUCACUCAUCUCCUCCGCCGUCGACAGAUCCCGGCCCAACGAAUCUCUGCAUGAUGCGCGGCGCCGUCCUCUCGCGCACCGUCUCGGCCGUCUGGCAGCGCCGCCUCGCCAAGACGCCGUUGCGCCGGGCUGCUGUCCCCGUCCGCGCGCUGUCCAGCACCCCCGCCCUGCUCAAGCAGCGCCGUCUCCCUCCCGCCGAGGAGCCCUAUCCCGCGACUGCGCUCGCUGCCCUCCUCUCCCGCCUCUCCCUCCCCCCUUCCGACAAACUGCAGGCGUCCCUCCUCACAUGCCUCACGCACCCUUCCUUCGUCAACGAGGAGUCCGCGGACAUCGAGACGAACGAGCUUCUCUCCAACCUCGGCAACUCGCUCCUUGGCCUCUUCGCCAGCGAGGAGAUCGCCGCCCGCUACCCCAACCUCCCUUCCACCGCCCUCUCGAGCGCCGUCACCUCCUACGUCGGCCCUUCGUCGCUUGUUAGCGUCGCCCGCGAGCUUGGUGUUAGCGCAACCCACGACGGCGCACCCAAGUACCACAACCAGGUGCAGGGCCUGCCUAUCCGGUGGCGUCGUGCGCUUGCCGUGCGCGAGCUUGCCGACACACCCGUGUCCAUCAAUUUCCGCGAGUCGUACAACGACCGCGCGGCUCGUCUGGACAAGGAGCGGGAGAGGAAGCGCAACUCGUGGGAGGAGGGUGUUGCCAGUGUUGUGCGCGCGUUCGUUGGUUUGAUCUACCAAGAACAGGGAAUGCACGCUGCCCGUGACUUUGUUCACGCACACUUCAUGAGCCGCCAUGUGGAUCUGACGCACCUCUUCAAGAUCCGCAAGCCAAAGCACGUGCUGUCGAACGUCGUCUCGAAGCACUUGCACGACGCAGGUGUCCCAGCAUCGUCGUCUCUCGGCCGGAUCGAGUCUCGCGUCCUCGCAACGACCGGUAUGCACUCGCAGUCGCCACUGUUUAACAUUGGGCUGUUCCUGCAGAACGGGCUCAAGCUCGCCGAGGGCCACGGGUCGUCAUUGGCCAUGGCUGAGCAUCGCGCGGCGACCAACGCGCUCCUCUCCCUCUUCCUCGUGCAAGCCGAGGAGGGGAGCACGCGCCUGCCAACGAGUGCGCACGCCGACCGGCCAAUCAGCAGCGCAGGGGUGGCGCCGGACCAGGGCGACAAGUGGGAGGGCAGCUACGUGAGCUCGGGGGCGAGCGAGCCGGUCCAGGGCUUGGGGCAGAGCAUCAGGCCACAAAGGUUUUAGACAGUAUACCAGUAGUAUACCUACCACUCAGAUAUGCAUCAUCAUCCA